CAAUCCAUCACCUUUUAAAACAUAGACGCAGGUGCUAUCGAAGUAGUUUCCUCUACCGUGCGAUUAGUAAUUUUUUCUUCAACACUGAGAAAGUUACGCGACAGUGUUUUCAUUCCCGACCAACUCACUUUCGGCAUUGAAACGAAGUAAUACACGUAGUGUUAUUUAUCUCCCAUCAUACAUCAUCGCAUCAAAUCUGUAUUUAUUAUGGAGCCACAGUAACAUAUCCUCUUAAAAUAUUGAUAAAGGUGCUAUAAGUGAUUAUCAAGAUGUCUAUGCAACAGUUUUGUUUGCGAUGGAACAAUCAUCAACCAAAUUUCAUUUCUGUAUUUUCAAAUUUAUUAAGUAGUGAAACAUUAGUGGAUGUUACACUAGCAGCAGAAGRCAGACAUCUUCAAGCUCAUAAAGUUGUACURUCAGCAUGCAGUACAUACUUCCAAUCGUUAUUCACARUUAAUCCAUGUCAACAUCCAAUCGUUAUACUCAAAGAUGUUAAAUUUUCCGAUCUCAAAAUCAUGGUAGAUUUUAUGUAUUAUGGAGAAGUUAACAUUUCUCAAGAUCAAUUACCAUCGAUUAUUAAAACUGCAGAAAGUUUGAAGAUCAAAGGUCUUGCUGAAAUGCAUAUAGCUUCAUUAACUAAAAGGCCAAGUAGUAGUAGUGAACAAGGAGCUGCAGAUCGUGGAAAAUCUUGUUCUCCUAGUCCAUCUCCUCUUUCUCCAUCAUUCAGACGAAAAAGAUUAARAAAAACGUCAACAGGAUCCACAUCUGGAUCUGGUGAUAAAACAGAAGAAAUUAAUGAGAUUGCAUUGGUCGCUACUGAUAUAGUUAAGUCAGAACCAUUGAUAGUAUCGCAAGAAAGCGAUGAAAAUGUAAGGCGACCAGUAAAUUUCAGUACAGAAUCACAAAGAAGUAUCGAUGAGGAUCAAAUAUCAAUAGUAAGCGUACUGAUGAGUAAUAUGGAAUAUAGUUCUACAACAAUGCCAGCACAAAGUGAUGGUACAAUACAAAAUGUGAAUCAACAAUCUAGUGGAAAUGUACCACAAAGUUCUAUUUCUUCUCAACCACCAGCACAUCAAGGUAAGAUUAAUAUUAAAAAUUCAUGAUUAUUUUUUUUUUUAAUUUUUUUUUAGCGG